AUGGAACUUUUAGGCUCAUCCGAGUACACUCUAGAGACUCUAACGGACGAUGAGGUUGCGGAAAUCACAGAAAGCUACGAUGGGUUUUUCACCACCGUAGAAUCUCUCAUUUUCGGCACCGGAGACUCCUCCACAGUCGAGAAGGAGUUGAUGUCUCAUGUUUAUACUCUCUGCAAGUACGGCCUUGAUUCUCUCGUUCACGACCACUUUCUCAUAUCACUCCAAAAAGCUUUCGAAAAGAGUAGUGCAUCGAGUUUUUGGCAUCAUUUUGAUGAUUACAACGAUAAGAACGAUGCUGGUUACAGAGAAGAGAUUCACCAAGUGUUAUGCAAGGCUCUGGAAGAAAUUUCUAUUGAGAAGUUGUACCAUGACAAGUGUAUGUCCAUGGUUGUUCUUGCUCUGCAGUCGUUUAAAGAAGAAAGGCUGAACUCAGAUGCAGAACUUUUUUCGAGAUUCCAGUCAAUGUUGUCUUCUACUUUGAUGACUACUCUUCCUCACCAUUUUCCUGAAAUACUCCACUGGUAUUUUAAGGAAAAGCUGGAGGAGCUAAGCGCAGUCAUUGAUGAAGAACUCGAGAGUGAUGGCAUGGAUUUGGACGAAAGGCUGGGAUCUCUAAAUGGAGAAAUGGAUGUUGAUGAUGACUGUUCCAGACAUGACGAGUUGGUGAAGAACAUUGGGAAGGUGGUCCGUGACCUUAGAAGCCUUGGUUUCGCUUCUAUCGCUGAAAACGUUUAUGCUUCCGCAAUCUUUUGGCUUCUCAAGGAGAAAGUGCAUGAUUUGGCCGGUGAUGAUAACAGGACUUCUGUUUUGGGAUCAAUAAAAAAAUGGAUUCAGAUAGUCCCUCUUCAAUUCUUUCAAGAGCUUCUUUAUUAUCUUGGUCAUUCCAAAGUGGUGACUCCUUCCGAAGGAACUGUUAAGUGGAAAUUACGGCUUGAGUAUUUUGCGUAUGAGACACUGCAAGAUUUAAGGAUAGCCAAUCUAUUUGAGAUCAUUGUUGAUUAUCCUGAGAGUUCUCCUGCUAUUGAAGACUUGAAACAGUGCCUUGAAUAUACUGGACAGCACUCGAAGCUAGUUGAAUCUUUCAUUUCUUCGCUGAAAUAUCGUUUGCUUACUGCCGGUGCGUCAACAAAUGAUAUAUUGCAUCACUAUGUGUCGACCAUUAAAGCCCUUAGAGCAAUAGACCCAGCUGGUAUGUUUCUGGAAGCAGUGGCUGAGCCAAUCAGAGACUAUUGACGUGGACGGAAAGACGCCAUUAAAUGUAUCGUCACUAUGCUUACGGAUGGAAGCGAAGGGAAUGCAAAUGGUUCCGGAAACCCUGGGGAUAGUCUUCUUGAAGAGUUGAUGAGGGAUGAAGAAAAUCAAGAGAAUGUUGGUUUUGAUGAUGAUUUUCAUAUUGUUGAUAAGCAAGCAUGGAUCAAUGCAUCUCGAUGGGAACCGGACCAUGUUGAUGCUGAUCCUUUAAUAAGUAGCCUCAGUCAGAGGAAAGUAGACAUACUUGGAUUGCUUGUUGAUAUAAUUGGAUCUAAAGAGCAACUAGUAAACGAAUAUCGUAUCAUACUCACUGAGAAGCUUCUCAACAAGACUGAUUAUGACAUCGACCCUGAGAUACGCACUGUCGAGCUUCUUAAGAUACAUUUUGGAGAAGCCAGUAUGCAAAGAUGUGAGAUAAUGUUGAACGACAUAAUUGAUUCUAAGAGAGUGAACACUAACGUUAAAAAGACAUCUCAAACAGGCACUGAGUUAGGAGAGAGUGAGCUGUCUGUUGAUAUUCUUACCUCGACGAUACUUUCAACAAACUUCUGGCCACCGAUUCAGGAUGAGACUCUGGAGUUACCCUCACCUAUUGACAAGCUGCUAUCAGAUUAUGCCAAACGAUAUCACGAAAUCAAGACCCCUCGUAAGCCACUCUGGAAGAAAAAUAUUGGCACUGUCAAGUUGGAUUUGCAGUUUGAAGAUAGAGCUAUGCAGUUCACAGUCUCCCCCACACAUGCAGCAAUUAUCAUGCAAUUUCAAGAAAAUAAAAGUUGGACCUCUAUAGAUCUUGCUGCAGCCAUUGGGAUACCCAUUGACGUGUUAAACCGAAGAAUAAACUGCUGGAUAAGCAAGGGAGUUUUGAGAAAAUCAACAAGAACAGGAGGCUCAAACUCCAAUGUGUAUACGCUUGUUGAGUCCGUAGCUGAUUCUGGAAAGAAUGAAAGCGAGGAGCUUUUGGAAAGUAAAGAAGAGAGUGAAAGAUCGAUAGCCUAUGUCAAAGACCAGCUUCACAAAGAAAGGACAAUAUAUGAGAACUUCAUUAUGGCAAUGCUCACAAAUGGUAGCAUGGCACUAGAUGGAAUCCAUAACAGACUCAAGAUAUUCUAUGUAGCUGAUCCUGCUUAUGACAAGUCACUGCAACUUCAGAGCUUUCUUUCUAGGUUAGUCGCUGAAGAGAAACUAGAGUUUAUAGAUGGAAUGUAUUUACUCAUUAAGUCGUAGAAACUCUUUUAUAGUGUGUUUGUGAUGAACUAGUUUUGUUAUAUGUAUCAAUAUAUC